AUGGCGAGAGGGCAACUUGACGACGUUGUCGACAUGACUGGCAUUGAAUCUGACGACGACAAUAUUCAUGUCAGCCCCGCUCACUCGAGGAAAUCCAUGAAACGCAAGGCAUCCCCUCCGAAUUCUACAGACAGGAACUCCAAGAGACCACGAAGAGAGGCAAAAGCUAAACCGAAUCGCCAAAGUCGCCUUUGCUUCAAUUCAGGUGUCAUCGACCUGACCUUGAGCGAUGGCGAGGCAGGAGUCAAACCGCGCACGAAAGCUCCUGCAAAACGUGGAGUAUCGUUCCGUAAAUCACCGCGAAGACAACCUGCUGUCAGAACAACAGUAGCACAAUCGCAUGUGCGAGUCGGGCUUCAAGAGCUCGACGCGGAACAAUUCAACAACAAGUUGAAGAAUCUUCCUGUGGCCUGGUGUCAAUUGCCAUACUACGACAAAGACGCCUUGGCCGAAUAUUCUCAGCCUUCUUCCGAAUCCGCGCGAAACUCAUCAAACUUCCACCAGCGUCCCAACAGAGCGCGGCGAAACCAGAUGAAGCCAAGUGUUUCCGACUUGUCGGUCAGCAGCUAUUCUGAAGACGAGUUGCUGGAAACUGCUCGAACGUUCACUAAAAGGGGGUCUGCAAGAAAGAUCAGAAGGUCCUCACAAACCUCCGCCACGAGUGAACUAACUCAAUCGGACUCAGGCGCAUCAGAAUUCAAUCCGGAGGAUGAGGAUGAAGGCGUAGAAGACGAAGACGAAGACGUAGAGGAGCACGAAGAGGCUAGUUCGGCAUCCGGCAACGAUGACUUUAUGGACGAUAUGGACAUCAGCGACGACGCAAAACCACGCAAGAAAAACUGUAAGCCACUGAAAUUUCUCAAGGCUAGAGACGAUACAAAGCCAAAGAAAGCCACGCCUGUCACGGGCGGCAAGAAGAAAGCAAGCAACAUGUAUAACCUUCUAUUGCGAGCAGGAAAGCCAGAUGGUUUAGAUCACAACUUGCCGCCUCUAUCUGAGAUCACAGAUAUCUUCGCAGACCUGGUCAAACAGGCCCAAGGUCUCGGCCUGGUCGACGCACUCGGACAUCUGUCAAAGCGACCAAUACGCGUUGCCACAAUGUGUUCUGGAACUGAGAGUCCGCUGCUUGCCCUCGAUAUGAUUCGCGAGUCUCUCAGAAACAGUAACGCCGCUACCGGGACCUCUGCAAUACAUUUACAGAUCGAGCACUUGUUCUCUGCAGAGAUCGUACCUUUCAAGCAGGCAUACAUCGAACGAAACUUCAAGCCGCCCAUCAUCUUUCGCGACAUUACAGAAUUAACUCAGGCGGUGGAGGACGAAGUGCCGAUGGCAACAACGGCCUAUGGUGGCAGGGUUCAGAUUCCUAGCAAUGUCGACAUGGUCAUCGCAGGAACGUCGUGCGUGGAUUUUUCACGUCUCAACACGCGAAGGAAAGGUUUAGAAGACGGAGGUGAAUCUGCAGAUACAUGGAAAGCGGUUCGCGCUUUUUGCAAAGCUUACCGUCCAGCAUUCGUCCUGUUAGAGAACGUCAGGGGCGCUCUAUGGGAUGUCAUGCUCGCAGACUAUCAGGCUCUUGGUUACGAGACAGCGGGAGCAUUAGUAGAUACCAAGAACUAUUAUCUUCCGCAAACGCGCCAACGAGGAUACAUGGUCUGCUUCGACAAGGGAAAAAUGGGCCAAAUGGCAGGCAACGCAAAGUCGAGAAUAGCGACUACUUGGAAAUCCUUGAUGGAGCAGCUGCAGCGCCGCGCCAGUGCUCCUGUCUCGUCAUUUCUACUGUCGAACGAUGAGGUGACCCGGCAGCAGUUUCGCAACGACGAGGCUCUCCGGGAAGUGGACUGGACACAGUGCGAGAUACGGCACAUCGACUAUCGACAGAAGGAGCGCCUAGGAAAUGCUCGACCUGUGACCCAUUGGUCAGAAAGCGGAGCUAUCCUACCCCCCGACAAUGGGCACGCCGCUUGGUACGCGAAGCAAGUCGAGCGCGUGAAGGACACCAUAGAUUGCGCUACUUUGCGAAAAGCGCUGCCUUCACUGAAAUCUGACAAGUUCGAUGCUAGGUUCAAGACUAGGGUUUGGGAUCUUUCUCAGAACAUUGACCGCGACGGCGACGGCAGACCGUUUGGCAUAAUAGGAUGCAUAACCCCCUCGGGUCAAUUCUUCAUUUCUGACAGUGGCCGGGCGAUGACUUCGGUGGAGUUACUAAAGUUACAGGGCUUGCCGUUGGACGCUAUAUCUUUCACGACCGAGACGCCUUCCGAGAUUCAGGAUCUUGCUGGGAAUGCUAUGUCAAGCCCUGUGAUAGGGGCUUCGAUAUUAGCAACCCUUAUUGCUGGUCACAAGCUGUUGAAUGCCGACGACGAAUGCACGACAGAGCUUUCUACAAGCAGAAACAUACCGACAUUAUUAGCUCAAGGCUCUCUACAGCAAGUGCCAAUGCGACAUACCAUACAUCCGAUCGAUAUGGCUCAAGUAAUCGAUUUCGCAAGUCAAUCGCAAAGGAGGUGUUAUUGUGAAGGCCCUCGCACCCUCACCAAAUCCGCGAUCCAGAGAUGUAUAGACUGUGGUCACACUACCUGCAUUAAUUGUGGAGGAAAUCCGACGCAUAACUACAAACAGGACCGGCUCCUCACAAAUGCACGAAUGUUGCCGCAGUCCUUCAGAGACCACUUGACAUCUAUUUUGCCAAUGCGACUCCAUUUAGAGUGUGGCAAGCCUUUGCAGCAGAAAGGUCUCUCGGGCCCGUACGGUCUUGCCGUACACGGCGCCUUCGCGUCAGAAUUCAAUUUCCAACGUGUCCGAAGAACGCACCACUGGACAGUGUCAUAUCAAGCCAAAGAAGGCGGUGCUGUCCUGGACUUGGUAAUCGGAGAUCGCGAGGCAGAGUGGCGCCUGUACGCCCUUCCUGAUAAGACACUGGCCAGCGGCAAUCCCCUCCGUAAAUUGCUACUACAGCCGAUUGCAAAGUCCGAUGCUACUCAGACCUUCUACGGUGGCGAAUGGUGCGUAAGGUUGCCGCGAGAAACAACUGCUGCCCUUUAUAUUGCUGGGAGAGGGGCUCACGUGGCAUCGUUUUGGUGUCGCAAUGAAAUGCCUGACCGACCGCAGCACUUUUUGUGGGAUCAACUCGACAUCGAUGUGGAAGGGACCGACGACGACGGACUCAGCGGCAGGUACCAAUAUCUCCCGAAAUGUGGCACGGCUUUCGACGGACUGUACAAGAGAGUUGAUAGCGGCGACAAGGUCCACCCGGUCUACCUGUUCCUCGACCCAACGAGAACCGGCCCUGCUGCGCAGGAUUGCUACGUGUUCUCGCACGACAAGGAAGUGAAUCUUGAGUACGAUGAGGUUCGACCACAUCUAGGGCGAAUCGCUGCUCCAUGGCGACCGUGGUCCGAGACGGCUGAAAUGCUUGAUGCCAAAAGCAAAGCGCGACUGGUCCGAGAGCAUCAAUGGCAGUCACUGCAGGACACAAUUCGCCUUCAGCCAAGCUCGACGCAGCUCGAGGUGUUCCAAGUCGAUCAUCUUGCUCAGCCAGUCAACUCUUCGCAUUGUACGCAGGCCGUCGUGCUCUCGCGUUGUCGCGCGCCCACCUCAAGCUUUGAAGAUGCGGAUAAGAUCAAAGAAGCGAUCAGCAACUUGGAUGCGAAAUUUUUCACAAAACACGCGUGGAUUUUCGAAAGCAUCAGGAAGGCUCUUCCUGUCGACAAAUGGACACCCCUCUCCUUUCAGCAUGAUCGUUCUGACUGCGACUGCACGCCCGCGCGACCUGAGCUUCGCUGGCGGCUCGAGACAGAUGGAACUAUCGUGCCAUAUGAACACCCCGAAGGUGCCGCAGCCUACGAACGAGCAAUCAAGAAGAGACCAGAAACCCUCUUUGUAGCAACGACCGUUGAUGAAGGCACUGUUCAGCUUUCACUAGGUGUGAACUUAGCUUCUCUUGCCCACCGUGCCGGGAAACGAUUAACACAAUCGAGAUCACCGUCCGCAUCAUCCCCGACCUUCGAAUGGAAAUUUGAUUCCGCGCAAGAAUCUGAUUUUACGUUCAAGCCGUUCCAGCUCAGCGAGACUAAGGGGAUCGAGCCAUUUACUUCAGAAAUCGGCAUGGGGGUGCCUUUGUUCCCGAAGCAGCAACUUGCUCUUGCUUGGAUGAGGAGACAAGAGGAUGGCACAGGUUUCACUCUGGAGGAAUCAGAGGAAUCUACGAUACCAUCACUCGGAUGGAGAGUCGAAGUCAGAGCUCAUGCAGAAGUGACAGUACGCGGUGGCAUCUGCGCAGACCAUCCCGGGUUUGGCAAAACCAUUACUAGCCUGGCGUUGGUUCAGUCACAAUUCCAGGAGAUGAGCAAGGCUGAAAUUGUGGGUGACAUUAUCGAACGCCAGGAACAGAUGGCUCCCGGAAUCAUUCCCAUACAGGCGACACUUAUCGUCUGCCCCAGCGUUCUGCUACAGCAAUGGAAGAACGAGAUCAAAGAAAAGCUCGGAAUGACGAAGCAUGUGUUGUCUGUGAACAGCGUCUCGGACCUGUCAAAGUACAGCAUUAGUGAAUUCCAGAAUGCCCGGAUCAUUCUUGUGAAUCGGACCGUGCUAGGAUCUGAGCAGUACGCUGAGCGGCUUGCAGCAUUCGCAGCCGUUCAUGGGCCGGCCACCAACUCCGGACGGGCAUUUGGUUAUUGGCUUGACUUUGCUACCAAACAGAUUCCUGCCCAUCUGCAGAUUCUCCUCAAGGGGAAGGGACUGGAGACUUUGCGCCAGCACAUCACUAACACCUACGAGAGCAACCUUGGAAGCGAUGAGUUGAAGGCAGUUGUACCAUCUCGCCGGCUGCGUGGACAAAAUUAUGUGGCGGCGAAAGAGAAGAAGAAGUCUGCAACCAAUUCAAAAGCAGCAUCAAGGGCCAUCGACACUACGCACGUUUCCAAGCCUCUAUUCGAAAUGUUCUAUUUCAAUCGGGUCAUUAUCGAUGAAUUCCAUCAAUACGAUGCCAAGGAGUAUGCAGUCAUAACUGCUCUCAAAGCGGACAAGCGAUGGGGGCUGUCUGGAACUCCCGCAAUAGGCGACUUUUACGACGUUUCCCAGAUGGCCGGUCUUCUCGGAGUACCCCUACGCAUCGGAAGCGACGCAAGAGGCAUAAUGAAGACGAAGAACAUCAGCAUUCUGCGCAAGGAGAUGACGUCUUUCGAGCGAUUUGACGCCAUGCGUCAAGCCCCGUCAGAUACGCUAAACAAGAGACUGCACGAGAUUGACCAGAGCUUCUUGGAUCAUUUCGUCCGGCAGAACGUGAUGGACUGUGGGAACCUUCCUUGUCAAGAACAUCUCCUUCCGGUGUCACUGGAUCUUGCGCACCAAGCGCUGUAUCAUGAGCUCUCGCAGCACUUGAAUUCUCUUGACAUGCGUAUCAAGAAGGGGAAGAACGCGAAGACAGGCCGUCAGCAGCGUCUCAAUGAGGCGACGAGUUCUUCAGCUACCGCAGAAGAAGCACUUUCGAAAAGUGCAGCGUUUCCGCCGGAAAGCCAAGCUAAGCGUGCGAGAGAAUUGCGUACACAAGAGGUAGAAGACCUGGUCGCAGAGCUCCCGAAUGCCAUUGCCCAAGCUCUAAAGCACGAAGCAAAAGAUUUGAAGAAGUGGCAGGAAUCGCAACUCCAGUCGCAAGUACUAGGAGAUGCAGUCACUAUUGCACAGGUCGAGAGUGCUUUCCAACGCGCUAAGAGCGGUGCAGAAAUUGCUCCUGUCAAAGCCACUAAGGCUAAGGGGAAGAAGGCCGCCAACGCCUCAGACUCGGACGAGGACAAGCCAGCGACAGGCUCAAGGGCGCGCACAGCCGCUCUGAACAAUCUGUGCAAGCGCUUGCUGGUGGCGAACAGAUCGGCUCGUUAUCUGCAGAAUGUCGAAGCCCUCUCGCCCUGCGAUGGAAGCGCUUCGACUCAGCUCGGCGUCACUUGCGACAACGCAGAUUGUGGCGAGCACGGCAAUGCCGCCGUCAUAGGUGUUUCGGGGUACUGCGGACAUAUAAUCUGCAAAGGUUGCUUUAUGGAUCGCUCCUCGCGAGCUUUCGACAAAUGCCCUGCAGAUGGUUGCAAAGCUCCUAUGUAUAGCUAUCAUCUGCUGUGGUCGGACCAAGUGACUGGCACCGCGAGUGCACCAACACCAAACUCCUACGGGGCCAAAAUCCAGGCCGUUCUGGACUUACUUGCGAAGAUUGAAGAGGGUCACGAGCAGGCCAUCCUCUUCGUUCAGUUCAACAAUCAGCUGGAAGAAGUCGAGGCAGCGCUGCAGGAGCGCAAUGUGUCCGCAAUCGUUGUGAAGAACAUUACUACGGCCGGGCGAGAUAUCCAGAACUUUCGAGACUCUGCUAGAACCAAAAGCCACAAGACCGUGCUCGUGCUAAACGCUUCCGAAGAGACGGCUGCCGGAUCGAACAUCCAGAACGCGAAUCAUGUGUUGUUCUUGAGUCCGCUACUGCGCGACACUCAAUACGACUACGACGCCACCAUGGCACAGGCUAUUGGACGAGUGCGACGCCCUGGACAGAAGAAGCUCAUUCACGUCCACCGCGUGGUCGCCCUGCAUACAAUCGACGUCGACAUCUUGGAGCAUCGUGAAAAGCGUAUCGAUGCGCUCGUGGAGCAGGGCGAAGAGGAGAUACAGCGUCCUCAGGGGGCUUCCUCUUUAGAGGCGCACGAUGGGCGGCCUGAGCGCACUCAGCUUGUGAAGGAAAACGGAAAGUUCAGUCUCCGUCCUCAGAGUUGGCUAGUGCAGUCCAGCGAACUGGAAAUGCAGUCUUGCUCUGCUAACGACAAUGAGAAUGGUGAAGCGGUGGACAAAGUGCGCGGCAAGAAUCGGGUGUUGGGAUGGGAGGACUUCAGCUCGCUGAUCAAAUUCAGCAGAGCUUUCACUGAGAACGGCGAUUGA